AAAUUCAUAACACGUGCAUAACUGUGACCCAAAGAUUCUCGAGAAUGACUUUCCUCCGCUAACUAGUAAAUCACAUAUUUACCAAAUGAAAUAAAUAUUCUAUUCCUUGUCUCCUUAAUCGAUAAUUUAACCUUUGAAAUAUUUUAUUUAUACAAAAUUAUUCAUUAUAUAAAAAAUAGUAAAUUAUAAGGCUCAUUUCUCCCAAACCCUCUCCUCUCCCACCCCAACUUUGAUCCAUAGAGAAAAAGAAAAAGGAAAGAAAGAAAGAAACAAAAGAGAAAAAAAAUUCUCUCAUCUUCUUCAUCUUCUCCUUCUUCUUCUUCUUCCUGGAUUAACCAUCUUUGAUGAUGGCGAGUGCUCAAGCCGAUCAAUUGGAAAACCUUAGGGCAAUUUUCAUGCGUUUUGACUUGGACCGAGAUGGCAGCCUAACGCAGCUAGAACUCGCUGCCCUCCUCAGCUCGCUCGGCCUCAAGACGAGCUGUGAUCAAAUCCACGCCUUGACGGCUCACAUGGAUUCUAACGGCAAUGGCUCCAUCGAGUUCGACGAGCUCGUCCGGGCCAUCAUGCCCGACGUUAACGAAGAAGUUCUACUCAACCAGGAACAGUUGAUGGAAGUUUUCCGGUCGUUCGAUAAGGACGGGAACGGGUACAUAACGGCGGCGGAGAUGGCGGGGCAGAUGGCGAAACUGGGACACCCCUUAACGUACCGUGAAUUGACGGAGAUGAUGCGCGAGGCGGACGUGAACGGCGACGGCGUCAUAAGUUUCAACGAGUUCGCCGGGAUUCUGGGGAAAUCGGCGGCGGAGUUUCUAGGCCUCACCGUCGCUUAACCGCCGACGUCAUCUUCGUCGUCCAAUUAACGUGCCGCGCCGGCGAUUAUUGUCAUUACAUGCAUCCCCUAAUGUAUAGUUAACGGCGAUCAUGGAUGAUAAUCUUGACCAAGUCUAACUUAAAGGCAAGACGUACAGUUGCAUGCAUGAUAAGUCUUAUGUCUCAUGCACGUACGAUAUUGUUUUUUUGUUUUUUUUAAUGUUUGUAAUUACUUAAAACAAUGUACACAAUUUAUGGUGGGGGUGAAUUACUUUAGACUUUAAUUGUAUGUGAUUCAAGGAGAGAGACAAAAAAAAAAAAAAGAAGUUGUUG